AUGGCAGAUUGGGAGCAAGACACUGAUAAUCCUGACAAUAAUGAAGAAGAGGAACACACACAUGUAACCCAAACUGAAGAAAAUUAUUCAGGCAAAGAUGAUCUUGAUGAGGAUCAAGAGAGACCAGCUGAAAACCAGGCCGUGUAUGAUUUUCUUCAGUCAGAAGAUGAAGUUGUCAAUUAUACAGAGAGUGCAGCAAGCCAGACAGACAUUACCUGUCACAUUCCUAUGGAAGUCAAUGAGGAUGGUCACGAGAAUCAUCUACAAGAAGAAGAGAGAAGAGAAUAUUUUGAAAAUGAAGAUGCUAAUGCCAUUUUUCAACAAGAUGAGAAAAAGGCUGAAUCUCUAAAUAUAAACAAUGAAGGAGACGAUUACCCAGAGCUGAGACAAGUGGUAGCUCAAGAUGAAUCCAGCAAUGCUUACCAGUUAACUGUCAACCUGGAAGCAACAGCAACAGUCAAGUGUGUGUUAGUCCCAAGUGGCCAGGUUGUAACUUUGGCAUGUACAUUAGGCCAAACACUAGAAUCACUGAAGUCACAUUUUGCAUCUGAGCUGAAAAUGCCUUCAUCUGCAAUUAUGAUAAUGUUUAGUGGAGCACCCAUCCCAGACAAUAAAAUACUGGCUGAUCUAGGAGUUGGACCAAAUGGAACUGUUCAGCUGGAGAUGCAGUCAGUGGACCCGGUCAAUAUUCCACUGAAGCCCUAUCGGCCCAGACAGGAAUACCACAUGCCAGAUGUUAUAACUGUCAGAGUGGUGACUGAGGACUGUGAAGCAAAAGAUGUUGUCGUGGAAAUAGAGAGGUCAAGGACAAAGAAACCAUUCUUGGGAGGUUUCCGCAACAAGAACACUGGCGUGGAGUUCCAUAAUGCUUCAGCCCAGACAGUCCAGAAACCCAGACCACCGCCAACCUCGGAGCGCUUCUGUCGAGACACACAGACAUGCGAGCAGAGAAAUAUGCACCAACAAACCCACAAUAACACCAGCACUCAGAUGACUGGUAUCGGAGUGUACAUCAGUAACUUAGAGGACAAACUCAUUGCUCCAGGAGAAUAUGUAACAGCUGAUGAUUACUGGGCGAUGAUUCUUGACAAAGUGAUCAUACUGCAAAAAAAUUUUCGCCGCUGGCUAGCCAAACGUUACGUAAAGAAACUAAAAGAAGACAAAGAAAAAAGAUUAGAAUGGGAGAAGCUGGAGGAGUUACGAAAGAAGAAAGAAAAAGAAGAGCGUCUUCAGCGAGAAUAUGCCCGCAGAAUCCACCCAAAAACACAGGCAGACUUCGACAGGCUUAUGAACUGUUUGGAGAAAUGGCGCAAGGAAGAACUUGAAAGAAUCAAUUCCACCCUGAGUGGAGCUGAACGUAAGGCUGCCAUGUGCAUGUUGUUAGAUCAGGAGACCGAACUCUUGUCUGCCAUUGAGAGGCACAAGAAUGAGGCCAGUUCUGACAACCACAUUUCAAGAAUCAUGAACUUUCUGGAAAAGGCUGCAGCUCCCAAAAUGUGGCAAGCUCAUGAUGGCAAGUUGACCUAUAUGGAUACACCAUUUACAAUUCGUGCCAAGGAGCUCAGAGAUAUUUACAACAGCAUUAACAUGAGGUACCUGACCCAGGAUGAGCGCCUCGAUGUGUUGCUGACACUGAAACAUACUGUAAAAGAGCAUGACUGUAAGCUGACACAGGAAAUCAUUGAACUGAUUGAUCGUGAAGCAGACUUAUUAAUGCGAGGAGUUAAAGAGACCAACCUUACAGGAUUGCGUAAGAGGAUUUGUACCUUAUUCCUACAGUACAUCAAGACACCAGUCUUUAACCCAGAGGCUGCCAAAUAUCUCAAG